UCACUUCUCCACCAGGAAGGCACACACGUGGAUAAAAAAAAGUCCCACUUCCCACAUGUAUCUUUAAGAGCAGAGUGUAUAGUGAGUGGAGGCGGGGUGGUGAGGAUGAACUCAUGUGGCUGUGGAGUUCCCUCCAAGGCCGCUAGGCGCGUCUCUGCUCCAUGGAAGCUGCCGAAGAGAGACUGAAGGCUGAGGAGAGGAGAGCAGGAGGAGGAGGAGGAGGAGGAGAGAGCAGAGAGAGAGGACGCUGUUUUAUCAGCCAAGUGCAGCCGGAAUCGUGAGGAGCGGACGAUGGGGGGAAAAAAUCCCACUCUUGUUUCUUUUUCUCCAACAUCACCGUCAUUAACAUGUAGACCGGUGCGUGUCCAAAGACCCGGAGCGCAAUGGUCUUUUUUCCUGUCUAGGAGAAUAUCAAUCUAAUUAUAGUUGUGAAUAAAAAAAAAAAGAAACAUUUGGAUUAACUGCGGACUUGUUUUUUUGGACUAAUGGGGUUUCCUUCAUUUGUUUCCUUGCGUGUGUAAAUGUUGGACCGCAUUUUGAACCUGAGUUUCUACCCUCUGGAGGAGUGAAAAGUGCGCCAGCCUUAUUUCUAACAGCUUGAGCGUCGGUAUUUUUUUUUUUUUUUGAGGUUGGCUAUGUGGCUUUUGGAAAGGAAUGCACCUUUAUCCUAACGGGACGUAACGCACAGAGGAAUAUUGUCUGAGGUUUGGAAAACACAAGCAGCGGAUGAUGGGAUCCUUGCCUUAAACGGAGGCAAAAAAAAGGGGAGAGGACAGACUUUGGACUGGACUGAACUACUCCAAGAAUACCACAACUACAACCACUGCACCACUACUCCUGCCUCUGCUGCUGCUGCACAUGGCCCCCGCCUCAAAAUGAUGGAAAACCCUCAUCGCUGACUGGCUUGUCUACCUUCUGACAAGCGGAGCUUAAAGAUGACAUCUCUGCUGUUUUCUUCUCCGUCGUAGUGGUUGUUGGCAGGACCUUUUUGAGGAAUAUUUUUUGUCAUAUUAUGAGGAAUAUUUCUCAGAUUUCCCUUCAACCCAAUCCGUAGGAAACCGAUGGCUGCUACAUUCCCGCCGGAUGGUUGGCGAUGCCUGGAUUUUAAAAAGGAUCGUUAGCGAUCACGACCUCUUCUGCCCCGAGUUACCCACUUUACUUAUGCUUGUGUGUGAAUGUGAUUUUAGUGUGAUUGUGUGUUUGUGUUUGCAUCUGCAUGGCGUAAGUGAGAGAUAGAAAAUAAGGAUUUUGUACUCGGAUACACGACGACGCAGUGAACAAUUGGAAAACAAGGAGUAACAGCUAUGUCCCGGUGGAGACACCAUUCAAGGACUGGGUGUCAGCUACUUCAGACUGCCAAGAGUGGGAGCAGGAUGAUGGGAUACGUAAGGCUUGAAGGCUCCUUAAGCGGCGGCCGCUGGGUGUCCUCCCUAAUAUGGCUGGGACUGCUGCUGCUGCUGCAGACGUCUCCAGCCGCCGUGUCGGCUCAGAAACUCGACGAGAACGACCCCGUGGUCACCACCACGUACGGCAAGCUGCGUGGCAUUAAGAAGGAGCUCAACAACGAGAUCCUGGGUCCCGUCGUGCAGUUUCUCGGUGUCCCGUACGCCGCCCCGCCCACCGGCGAGCGCCGCUUUCAGCCUCCGGAGCCGCCGACGUCGUGGCCGGAGAUCCGCAAUGCCACGCACUUCGCCCCGGUGUGCCCUCAGAGCAUCGUGGAGGGCCGCCUGCCGGACGUGAUGCUGCCGGUGUGGUUCACCAACAGCAUCGACGUGGUGUCCACGUACGUCCAGGACCAGAGCGAGGACUGCCUCUAUAUUAACAUCUACGUCCCCACUGAGGAUGGUCCCCUUACAAAGAAACACACUGAUGAUUUAGGUGAUAGUGACCGCACGGACGACGAAGACAUCAGGGAGAGUGGAAGCCCCAAGCCGGUGAUGGUUUUCAUCCACGGGGGCUCCUACAUGGAAGGAACUGGGAAUAUGUUUGACGGCAGCAUCCUGGCCAGCUAUGGAAAUGUGAUUGUCAUAACUGUCAACUACCGGCUGGGCGUCCUAGGCUUCCUGAGUACAGGUGACCAGGCAGCCAAAGGGAAUUACGGUUUGCUGGACCAGAUCCAGGCUCUGCGUUGGACUAGCGAGAACAUCGCAGCCUUCGGCGGCGACCCGUUACGUAUCACUGUGUUCGGCUCGGGCGCCGGAGCUUCCUGUGUCAACCUGCUCACGCUGUCUCACUACUCCGAGGGAAACCGCUGGAGCAACUCCACCAAAGGACUGUUCCAGAGGGCCAUCGCCCAGAGUGGCACAGCUCUGUCCAGCUGGGCCGUCAGUUUUCAGCCAGCCAAGUACGCCCGGAUGCUGGCCCGUAAGGUGGGCUGUAACUUGGAGGACACCGUGGAGCUCGUGGGGUGCCUUCAAAGGAAACAUUACAAGGAGCUGGUGGAUCAAGACAUCCAGCCAGCCCGCUAUCACAUCGCCUUUGGACCUGUUAUUGAUGGAGAUGUUAUACCUGAUGACCCUCAGAUACUCAUGGAGCAAGGCGAGUUCCUCAACUAUGACAUUAUGCUGGGAGUUAACCAGGGCGAGGGCCUUAAGUUCGUGGAGCUCAUCGUGGACAACGAAAACGGCGUUCAGGCGAACGACUUUGACUACGCCGUGUCCAGCUUUGUGGAUGACUUGUAUGGCUACCCAGAGGGUAAAGACAUCCUCCGAGAGACCAUCAAGUUCAUGUACACGGACUGGGCUGACAGGCACAACCCGGAGACCCGCCGGAAAACACUGCUGGCCCUUUUCACCGAUCACCAAUGGGUGGCACCGGCUAUCGCCACGGCUGACCUGCACUCCAGCUUCGGGUCACCGACAUACUUCUAUGCCUUCUACCACCACUGUCAGACGGAACAGGUACCACCAUGGGCAGACGCAGCACAUGGAGAUGAGAUCCCGUAUGUGUUUGGGCUACCGAUGAUUGGACCGACAGAGCUGUUUCCCUGCAACUUCUCUAAGAAUGAUGUGAUGCUCAGUGCCGUGGUCAUGACCUACUGGACAAACUUUGCCAAAACAGGGGAUCCAAACCAGCCUGUCCCCCAGGACACCAAGUUCAUCCACACCAAGCCCAAUCGCUUUGAAGAAGUGGCAUGGACACGCUACAACCAGAAAGACCAGCUUUACUUACACAUUGGCCUGAAGCCCCGGGUCAAAGAGCACUACCGUGCCAACAAGGUCAACUUGUGGUUGGAGCUGGUUCCUCAUCUGCACAGCCUCAACGAGGUCACCCAGCUCAUCCCCACCACGACCAAGAUCCCUCCACCGGAAGCUACCAACCGCACCCCGAAGACCAAGGUUCUGGUGACCAAGCGCCCCAACCCGACUCCGUUCCCCACCGAGACCCAGGACAGCCACAUCCAGCCCCACCUGGUGGACCAGCGCGACUACUCCACCGAGCUGUCGGUGACCAUCGCCGUAGGAGCCUCCCUGCUCUUCCUCAACAUCCUGGCCUUCGCCGCCCUUUACUACAAGAAGGACAAGCGCCGGCACGACGUCCACAGGCGCUGCAGCCCCCAGCGGAGCGCCGCCAACGACCUGGCUCACACUCAGGAGGAGGAGAUCAUGUCCCUGCAGAUGAAGCAGCACUCGGACCUGGACUGCAGGGGAGUGGGCGACUCCCUGCACCCGCACGACGUGGUGCUGAGGACUGCCUGUCCGCCGGACUAUACUCUGGCCAUGAGGCGCUCGCCGGACGACAUCCCGCUCAUGACGCCAAACACCAUAACCAUGAUCCCCAGCACCAUGGGGGGGCUGACGUCGCUCCACUCUUUCAACACCUUCCCCAGCAGCGGGCAGAACAACACCCUGCCUCAUCCGCACCCGCACUCACACUCCACCACCCGGGUAUAGCCCUGUGGAUGCACCCACGCAGGCAGGGACUCUGUUGGCUGAAACAAAAAGCUAACGCCACUGCUACAGCAGAGACUUAAGGCCGACAUGCUGACAACCGCAGAUAUGUCAGGAGCUGUAUCGCCAGCCUGGAGUUGCCCAUGGAAUUACACUGGGAUUGUACAACACCCUGUUAAUACCUGAGGGAAUAUAGUCAAGGGGAUUUCUGGGGGUUUGGACCAGAGGAAGAAAAAAAAAAAAAGGAAUAAUUAUGUUUUUGUAGAAAAAUAAAAGACAAGAAUAAAAAAGUAUAAAUAAGGAGUUGAAGAAAAAAACAACCUCACAAACUAAAACAAAGAGGAGGAUGUUUUUUUUUUAUUAUUAUUAUUUUUGUUCUGAUAUUGCAGCAAAACAAGGUACAGUAAACUACUUUUUCUUUCUAGCGACAGAUAUGGCCUUCGAGGCUUUUGACAAAUGACUGCCUGACAGUAUUAUCUGGAAGCAGAACAGAGCAUCAGACACGCCUCGGAGGUAAGAAGAGGGGAGCACUUUGUAAAAGAAAGAAAACAUAUUGUUUUCCUUUUGGCAUCGCACAGCAGAUUACUCUGUUUUGUGGGGGCACAGAGUAGGUGCGGUGCAAACCAAUUUAGGCAUGUGUUAACUUCAUAAAUGGAGGCUAUGUAAGAUAAAGCAAAAAACAAUUGUUGAAUAGAAACAAAAAGGAAGGACUGGGAACUUCGAGGAAAAAAAGAAACCCCUGUAUGCACAAUGGAACCAUUUUGAGGAGAAAAAAAAAAAAUGUCACAGAUACUUUUCAUCCAUUUAUUUUUGAGGAUUGGGAACAAUUUUAUUGUAUAGAACCUAUUUACAUAUCUAGAUCUGUACACUAAGCACCAGGCUGUUUAAGCCCUCUUCUCUUAGGGUGUGGGGGGAGGGUGGGAUUGGGGGGCGGGUGGGGCGUCUAUACUGCAAACCUGCCAGCAGGACUGAACCAGUUGGGAAUCGGGGAUCCACCUUCUGGCUUUUCUGGCGGUUCCAACUUCGACACAGAGAGCUGAGGGACAAAAGGAUAAUUGGAUAUUUUAGCACGAUGCGCAUGACAAUUUAUCUGCUUGAUGGCUGCUCUGCUGAUUAUGUCAUUAUUAAGAAUAAUUUUCACCCUCUCCCUUGCAUGGGAGCAAUUUUCAGAUGGAUUUUCCUGAUUGGAUUACAGGAAAACACACACACACCCCUCGCAGGACCACCACGGGAAAAUACAGUUCCAGGUUGUGGAUGUUUUGUGGGCUUGAGUUUUUGGGGGGACAGAAAGGGGGCUUUGGGGGUGGGGGGGGCUGGGGGGAUACGGUAAAACUUUCUUGCAUAACAUUAUAUAGCUUGAGUGGAGCUGGGCAUAUAAGGACUAGUUUUGUACUCUGUGUGUUGGUACUACUUUUUGAUAGUGGUUAAAAAUCACAUUACACUGUAUCAAUCAAACUCAUUGUACCUUCAGUUGAGAUCAAUGUUCUUUGCUAUUCUACCUAUUGGACCACUUUACCGUAUAGAAGUAAUUACCUGCACUGUUUAUUCCACAGCCCACUUUUCUUUUUUUCUUUAACUGGAAGGUGUGUUGAUUGAGUGACACGGGAUGCCCAAUGGUAUGAAAAAAAAGGGGUAAAAUAUAGUAAUAGAGUGAAUCUCUGGGGUAUGUAGCUUUUUGUUUUCCUUUAUCCAGCCAGGUUCUGUAGAGCUGUUUAAACAUGGAUGCCUAUACGUGACUUCUACAAGUCAAAAGGCCAAGCACAGACGGAUCCCAUUGGGUGGAACUCUCUGGAAAUGCACAGCAGGUGAUCAUUUUUAGAGGCACAUUGUGUUACGGCAAGAAAGAAGAAAGGCCUUCCGCAGAGAGCCACAGUCAACCCUCUUUACCUCACUUUAAAGAGCUACUACUUUUCUUCUUUUGGCCCCCACACUUUUUUCUACUUAGAGGUUCUCUACUGUCUCAUCUUUUAUACUGAGCUGACAGGUUGGGCUGUUUAGCAAAACGGUUUCCCCCCUCCCCUGCCAUCCACACCGCCUUCAGUUUACCGUCUCACUGCAAGACUGUCUGCCAUCGCUAACAUCUUUAGGUCAGUGAGGCCUCGGCGGCUAACGAUGUUUGCCACCGUAGUAGGGGAUGUGUCAUACAGCGAAGACUGCAGUCGGAUUCAGUCGCUUAAGAGUCAUCGCAGCAAAGUGGUUCUCUUCAAAACGGAGGGAAUACCCUAGAUGGCGAGCCCAUUGUUGCUCAGAUGUAUAAAGUCUGAAUGCCGAAUGCUCAGAGAUGCUACUUGGUAAGCUGAAACGCUUGUCUCCCUGUUUUCCUUUCACUAAAGCGUAGAUGUUUGGAGGCCUCUGUUGUGAGAAUACAUCCUGCCCCUUUUGGCUCGCUCACAGGCACUGUGCAGUCAUUCAAAAUAAUGAGCGCAGACUACUGUUACCCCGUAUAACACUGCAGCAGCAGCAGACAAGCUGGAUAUGUUGGGGAUGAAGUCUAGUCUGUCAUAGGGAGUGUUGCUUUUUGGGAUAAAUUGAAUAAACUAAUUACAUCUGUUUACUCCAGAUUGUUUGUCUGGAUGAAAUGAACCACUGAGGCUUGAUCUGGGGUUUCGACAAAAGGAAGGUUUCCAAGGCUAUUUAUCACACGUCAUCCUCAUGAGCCAGGGACUUUUUUUUAAUACCCUUCUCUGU